CGCAUGCGCAGGGCCGCGCCUCCCUGCCUCAGUCCCUCCGCCACCACUGUGAAAGUGCAUCGACGGUAGCCAUAUUCUGUGAUUUUCCCGAGUCCUUCAACUGUGGAAGUGUAUUAUGUAGAACGGAAGAUAUUACAGGUGGUGUAGUGCCUGAGUACUAUUGAAAAACCGUCGCCUUGCCUUUACUAAUGAGUCAAAAUGGCCGAUACCGAUGUCCAGAGCAACGAUGUGGACACCUUGAGGCCAGCGGCGGGAGAUGGAGGAGCGACGGGCGACACAGCAGAUAAGGAUAAAUCGAACCCAGAUGGCUGUCGGGAGAGUAAACCACGCCCUUCCCCUGUUGAUGUGGCAGCCGCGCAAAAUGCCGGGCAGGACGGGGGCAUCAAGACCCCAACCACGUCCUCGGGGCAGACGCCCUCGCUCUGGGGCGGGGCCCUCGCGCAAUGACACCUUUCGGGACAGGGAGAGGAAGAUUGGCCACCGGAGGAUUGAUGAGGGUGGCGUGGUCACAUACAAGAAGAUUGGCUCUAAUCAGUUGAUGGCGUCUAUUCAGCUUGGGAUCCAGCAAGCUGUGGGCAGCCUAGCCAGUAAACCUGAUCUAGAUGUUUUAAUUCAAGACUUUUAUGUUGUAGAAACUAUAUUUUUCCCAAAUUCUGGAUCUCAGUCCACGCCAGCUCAUCAGUUUUCAGACUUUAGGUUCAAGGUGUAUGCUCCAAUAGCAUUUAGACACUUUAGAGAUCUGUUUAGAAUUCAGCCAGAUGAUUAUCUGGUAUCCCUGUGUACGGAGCCGUUACGCGAGCUCAGUAACCCAGGGGCGAGCGGCAGCAUCUUUUACCUCACCAAUGAUGAUGAGUUCAUCAUCAAGACAGUGCAGCACAAAGAGGCAGAGUUCCUUCAGAAGCUGCUCCCCGGAUAUUACAUGAAUCUUCGGCAGAACCCCAGAACGUUACUACCAAAGUUUUUUGGCUUGUAUAAUUAUCAGUGUAAUGCCAAGAAUAUUAGGUUAAUAGUAAUGAAUAAUAUACUUCCAUCAUCGAUAAAAAUGCACCAGAGAUAUGAUCUGAAAGGCUCUACUUACAAAAGAAAGGCCAACAAGUAUGAGCGAAGCAAAGACUCCCCAACCUUCAAAGAUCUGGAUUUCAUGGAGCACCACCCUGAGGGCAUCCUGCUGGAGGCAGAGACCCACAAGGCACUCAUCAACACCAUUGCCAGGGACUGCAGGGUGUUGACAUCCUUCAAAAUCAUGGACUACUCCCUGCUGGUGGGCAUACACAACCUGGACUUGGCAGCCAAAAAGAAGGCGCAAGAGAAAGAGAGGAGAUUAAAUGGAGGAGGAGAAGGAGGAAGCAAAGCAGGAGGAGGAGGAGGAGGUGGAGGAGGAGGGGGAGGAGGAGGAGUGGGAAGCAGUGGUGGUGAUGGAGCAGGAGGGGAGGAUGCAGGUGGGGAGGGGGCGGAAGGGGCCAGCCUCACUCGGUCCCGCUCCAUCAAUCGACACAAGUUGGUGGCUCACUCCACUGCCAUGGAAUCAAUUCAGGCUGACUCUGAUCCAAUAGAUGAGGAGGAUCAAGUCCCUCCGGGAGGCAUUCCUGCGAGAAACGUGAAGGGUGAGCGACUGCUGCUCUUCUUGGGUAUCAUUGACAUCCUCCAGAGUUUUCGACUCAAGAAGAAGCUGGAGCAUACCUUUAAAUCCAUGAUACAUGAUGGGGAUACAAUAUCGGUGCAUCGGCCAACCUUCUACGCCCAGCGGUUCCUCAAGUUCAUGGAAAACACCGUGUUCAAGAAGAUUCCAUCACUGGAUCUUCCAGAAAUCAAAGGCGGCCACCGCAAAUUCCGAAAUCUGGUCUCCAGCUACAUAGCCCUAAGGCACUCCCCAUCGCGGCGGCGAGGUGCGUCCUUGAGGGUGAUGCGGCCCAUGUCCCAGACAGAUCCAGAGCAUCCAUCGGAGCCUCACGAGGGACAGGAAGGAUCUUCAGUACGCAGUAAAAGAAGUGCAAGCGUUCGAAGCAGAAGGUCUGGUGGAAGACUGACAGGUGGCAGUGUUAUUGCUGACGACCACCUGGGUGAGGUCGCUAUCUCCUUAUCCAUGGCCACAGGAGGGUUGACAGCCAUCACCUCCACUGCCACAUCUGCCGCUGCCACCACCACAGCCACCUCCUCCCCCGCCAUGACUGUCACACCUGGAGCAGCGGCGGCGGCGGCAGCUGGAGGGGGAGGCCCGGUUGCAGCCGGUUUGGGGACAGGGACUCCCUCCACCCCAGUCAAUCUUCCAGCUGUGCUGCAGGACCGGCCCCACUCUGGCAGGGGGCGUGUGCCUCCCCCGGUGCCUCCACGCUCACCCCGGGGUGGUGGCGCCACUCAGGCUGCCCCUGUCACUUCUUCAUUUUCCAUUUCCCGAGGGAGUGGCAGGGGCAGUGUAGUCACUGUAACCAGUGGGAGUACUGUGCCUCCAGCCACUUCCACCCCUCCACCCCCAUGGGAGGCAGGCGCUUCCUCCUCCUCCUCGCCGAAAAUUCAAGUCCGUUCCCACGUGACAACCGUUGCCAUCCAGGAGGACCGCACUGAUGUCGUCAGAAAGGGUCAAAAGUUGCGCUUUAAGGGCCUUGCCGAGGACCCCCAAAGUGUUACUGACCCGGUGCUUGUUAGCUAUAAGGAGAUAAAAUCCACCACUUUAAGCGUGAGUGACGUGCAGUUGGAGCCCCGGCCAGACUCCAAGGCAUCGCUGGGUGUGGACACUAACGUGGGGCCAACAUCUAUGGUCCGUACCCUCACCUGGACACCCCCACUGUCUGUAGAGGGUAGUACCCCUACCUGGACCGAGGGAACCCCCAGCUUUACAGAGUCCUCCUCUAGUGGAGAUUUAGGGUGUCCCACUACUCCAGUCCGCAGUCUUAACACUACCCAGGAGUCCAAUGAUAUCCUCUUCCAUGAAACAGAGAUGUGAGUUUGCACCAGGCAUCCAUGUCAGUUACACUUCAAGGGCUAGACACUGGUGACUAGCAGGCUCUUUGGGCAGCCAUAGUGCCCUCUACUGCUCUCUCUGCCUCUCUUCUUCCUUCAGUGUGGUUUACCUCUGCGUGCUGUAUACUUGUAGCAAGGUGCUUCAGAUCUUCACAGAGCUGAAUUCUGUAGCUUUCUCUCACUCCAUCAGAUGCUCUAUACUGUGGUCACACUUGUCAUUCAUUGGCUUUGCAACGCCAUGCGCACAAAAGACAAGCUACGAUGUUUCAUGUUGACAGUUAAAACGUAUCACCUUUACCAAUGUCACUUGGCAUUGGCCAGCUCGUACUGCCACGAGAAUUCAGUCGGUCGUGGUGGUCUGUAGCAAAUGUUAUACACUUGAAUGUGUAAGUAAGGUCCUUGGAGGUAAUGGCAGGAAAUGUUCACUUUUAUUCCAUCGUGGGGACAAAACCCAAGCCUUAAAAUAAAAUGGUUUAAUGUUUUGGAGAAUAUUUUUCUCCAUUAUUGGGUAAUGUGUGCUUUCAGCUUAGUUCACUAAGCUGACUGAUGCAUAAUACUUGAGAACUGUAAAGUAUUGUUGUAUGAAGUGUAGCCAGGUAGAUAUAGUUGUUAUCUGCUCUAUUCUGAAAUAGUAUGAUUUUCUGAUGGACCUGUAUAGUGGGGGAGAAGACAUUUAAUUCUGUUGAAUAUUUUCCACGCUGUUUAUAUGCAAUUGAUAUUAUAUUUGGCAGGAUGUAAAGGUACCUGGCCCUCUUAAAUACUUGUGCUUAGUUUGCUACUGAGACAAUCCAUUUCAGUAUUGUUUACUUACCAUUGAGAUUAGGUCAACUUUCAGUAAAAAAAACUAUUCAUUAGUUUGUUAGACAACAGUUUGGGCAAGGCCUCCAUAACCAUAUAGUGGGGUGCUAACUUAACUUGCAUUAAGGGAUGAGAAUAUUUGGGUUUAAGAAAUAUAUCAACAGUUCACUCUUUCAUUUACCUAGAAUUGUUGAAAUGUUGACUCAUUCAAACUAUGACCAAAGAUAAGUAAUGAAUGAAAGGUCAGUAUGUCAGUUGUUUAUGUUCAACUUUCACAUGUUUGUUGCCAAGUUAGGAGCCAUGGGCUGAAUAAGAAUGAAUGCUACAGCCUCCAACAAGGUACCUUUCAUUCACUGCCGCCUUGUUACUGUACAGUAUGAUAUUAAAAAGUGGUUGACAGUUAUAGUUCUUGAUGUAUAUUGUGGUUAACUAUUUUUUAGAGCUCAAAUACAUGAUUUUGUAAGUCUUAUCCAACGCAGCUUUUUACAAUAAAUGUCCUACAUGGUGAUGUGUACUUGUGCUGUAUUACUGUCUUGUGAGGUGAUGGGUGGAUGUGGGCUGGCUGGCUGGCUGCACUUUCCCUCCUCCACCAGUUGUCACAGAACAGCUGACUGACUGGGGAAGAGUAAACCAUCCUGAGUAACUAGCAGAGAUGCUGAAUAGUUGUCAUCCAUAUAAAGCAUAUUUGUCUCAUAAUUUGAUUUUCCUAGUGUUUGUUUGAUACAAGGUGUGCCCUCAGGAAACAACAUGUGUCUGAGCACCAUACUGUUAUUUUUCCAUGUGAGAGAUUUUGCUUAUAUUUGUUGAUGCAAAAUGUGUAAUGAGUACUGUAAUUACAUCUAUUCCACAAACCAGUUAGAAUAUACUUUAUUUUAAAUAUUUAGUGUUUAUUACUACCAUUGAACUAAUUUCUGGAAGUCACAGCCAUGUGAGCCUUAACUACAAAGAAUAGUUCAAGGUCAUGGGACCAGCUCAUAGAGAUUUCUAUUCUUUAGUAAUUAGUGUCUAUGAGUAGCCAUGUGGGCGUGUGAAUGACUCCUGCCACACCACUGCCCAGGACCAAGUGAGUCCCACUCCCGACACUAUGCAAGCUUGCUUUUGUCAGUUUGUUUUACCUUCAAAGUAGCUUGUCAGUAUUACAAUAGGUAGUGUCUCAUCCACUUCAUAUAUACGUAUACUAAAAGAAGAGAUCAGUAAAUGAAGACGGUGCCAUAUGACUUUGUAGUGGCUCCUGUUUCAAACAGUCAUCUACUAAAUGAAGGAAAACUGUUAUGCCAGGAAUUUAAGUUUUAAAUACUGAUUAGCUUAUGAACUCAUAUUUUACCAUUGUUUUAAAAGACAUUUAUUUAUUUAUUUAUUUAUUUAUAUUUUUUGUUUGUUUAUUUAUUUUUAAUUAAUUAAUUAAUUGAUUGAUUAAUUAAUUAAUUAAUUAAUUUAUUUAUUUAUUUAUUUAUUUAUUUUUAUUUAUUUAUUUUUUUUUAUUUUUUUUUUUUUAUUGGCAAAGGCAAAUGGCAUUAGGCAUGUGGUUGCAGGGGCUUUUAAGUAUUACUAGGAGUAUUUGUGGCUCCUGCAAUGAGAAGUAACUUGGAGGAGGCCUUCCAGCUCAGACUGCCCAUCCCUUCACACAAGUGUCUUGAGUGCCAGCUUUAUAUAGGCGAGUGUUAUAUGAAGCUGGCUGUAUCUCAGUGUACUGUAUCUCUGCUGUGUUCUCGUACAUAUCUGUGUCAAUAAGAUAACUGUACGUAGCUGAGAGUAGGAACUAUGUCUACCACUCCUGUUACCUUCUCUUGUUUUGAAUGCCAGCUGUUGUGUGUGGUGAUCUAGGAAUCUCAUCCAAGUUUUGUUCUAUAGCAGCAAAGGCUCAUUUGGGUUCAUUGUGUUGAAUCUUUGACCUGUGGAAUGCUACUAUGGUUACUUUUUAAGUUGUGAAGAAAGUUAAAUGUGUUGGGGCUUUAUAUUUAUCAGUAAGGAGAAAGUGAGACAAAUCUACUGAAAUUUCACUAAUAUAAAACAUAUAUAGGAUUAAACAUUGACCAAUGGAGAAUUCUUCAUUAUCUUCUGAAGUGAUCAUUGCUUUAUACAUUUAGCUUGGAUACCAAUGUGAUAGUCAUACACACUUGAAAGACUCCUAUACGCUUAGAAUGGGUUGAUUCAUGUCAAGGCUUGCAGUACACAUAAAACACUCAUUGUUUUGACAUAGUGAUGAUUAUGUCCUCAAAGGAAUAGUUCACUCACUGUUGUUCAUAGAAUAUGUGAAUAACGAUGAUGUGAGUGGUUAGAGAUGGAUAAGUGGAUGGAAGGCUGCUGGCUUUGUUAUUAUUUAUGCUUCAGUAAAGACACUAGCCUCUUCAUCAUGCACAUGUGAACAGAUUAUCAAAUGACAUAGCUAAUGUAUGCUUGAGAGAGAGAAAGAGAGAGAGAGAGAGGGAAUGUAUGUGGGAGGGAGGGAAGGGAAAUUGCCACCAUAACUGUGCAUUAAUCUAAAGUAGUUUAAGCUAUAUUAGCAUAAUAAGUAUACCUGUAUGCAAGUUUGAGUGCAUGUUAUGAAAUGCUCUAUAAAAAUUACACACUUUAGGAGAAUGUCAGGUAAUGAGAAAUGCUGCUUUUGCUGUUCUCUUUCAUUUGUGUUGAGGAUUGAGUCUGGCUAGCAAAAAGCCACGCAUCAUGAAAUUUGCGAGUGCCUGAUGUGUUAGUCUGAGUCCUGGAGGUGGCAAAGCUGUUGGUGGUUAAUCUUCAGGAUGAGACAGAGUAUAACUAAGUUUUAAAAGUGUGUAAUGUAAACAGCUGUUUCUGUAUUGAGUAGUUAUAUUUAUAACUUUUUCUAUGAAAAAGUACAAUGUCCCUGUAAAACCACAACUUUGGUGUGGUUGGGAAAGUUGAAAAGUAUGAAUGUUGUUCUUGACAAAGACUGUGUUGCUUUACAUAUCUUCUGUGAUUGGACUAGUGAUGCCAAGGCAAUAAAAAAAGUACUCAUUUAACCCACUGCUUGAGUAAUUGUUGUCCUGCAGGAGAGGGAUGAUUGGGCCUGCAUGCUAGGUAGCCUCACAGGGAAGCCUCUCGGAAAGGUGGACCUCACCAAAGUCUGAGUGUUUAGUUUGUUCAUUAACUUUAUUUUCUUAUGAAGAUGAACCUUUCAGUAUUGUGAUGAUGAGCAAGAAAGGAGACGAAUGAAAGAUUUCUGUCUAGCACUUGGAUCACAUGGAUCUUUAUAUGCAACUUCACCUUCUGAAUGUUCUUCAGUAACAAUCAUAUUCAGACUGCUUGAAAGCUGUGAAUUAUUACACUUAAUUCAGUACAGAGUUAUGAUUUAAAAGGGAAGUGUAAAUGUAUUGGCUUUGUUUGGUGUCAUUUUCUCCAUCUUUGUUAAAGCAUUACCAUUAACCAGCCUUUCCUUACAACUGAUACAAUUGGAUUGUUCAGCUUUCUGUGAGUUCAGUUACAUUUUGGAUAACAUCUUGAAUUGCUAAAUGUAUUGCUUCCAAAAGGCUACAAACCCAAUGCUUUGAAGGGAUUCAAUUAUGACCAAGCUUUGUAUAAUCCCCUGGCUCAAAACUGAACUAUUACCAGUCAGUAUAUGACAGCCACCCACACCCAUAACUUAACCCAUCACCUCUCUGAUAAAUUAUGGACCUGAACUUGCUUUGUAAUUUUUAAAACUAAUCAAUGUUCAUUCAAGUGCCAUUUAAUGAAGCAAUAAUGUUAUGCACCUGGUUUCCCAAGUUGUUGGCUAGCUUUAUGAAGAUGAAUUCUGUCACUGUCAUUAGUUUCUCUCAUACAAGUAGUACGUACACAAGCAUCCUUGGUGAAGGCAGUACAGUCUCCAGUAAUACAGCUUUGCCCCAGGGUGGGGCUUGAAUUUAGCACAUGAUUUUUGUUGAUUAAAGAAUUAACAAUUUCUUUUGUAAUUUACUAGCAAAAAUUUUGCACCAGAGAUGACGUAAGGAACUUUAAUUGUUCUACAUUUUGUACCAACCAGUGGAAACAAGACUUCUAGUAAAUCAGAUUAGAGAAUUUAUGCAACAUUAAGGUUGGCACUUUAAUCCUAAAGUAAAUUACUAUGAUUAAAAACAUUACUGUUAUGAAACUAAGUAUGUUGGGUUAAAGGGUGACUGGCUAUAUACAGGAAGAUGAACCCAGGUUCUCAAGAUAUGGUUUGAUGUAGAAGUGAGUGCUGUAUGAAACAACCUGCUUCAUGGGACGCGUGUUCAGGAGAAAUGAGUCUCCACCAGAGGCUUGUAGGAUUAUGGAGAGAAGACAGGCCACACAUGAGAUGAACCAAGCCCAUCACUGCUGUUCAAGUUCAGCUUUCCUAAAUUGUUUAGCAUCCCAGUGAUAUAUUAACAGCUGCAUCAUGAUGUAACAUUAUACAUCAUUCAAAACUGGCUACCAGUGGAUCUGGAUAUCUUUACAUCAUUCAAAACUGGCUACCAGUGGAUCUGGAUAUCUUUACAUCAUUCAAAACUGGCUACCAGUGGAUCUGGAUAUCUUUACUUGUUCGAGAGUAUCACAAGAUGCUGCUGCUACUACACUCCUGCCUGCAUCCACUUAUACUGCGUACUCCAGUGUCAUUGUUUGGUUUGGCAUAAGUGCACAAUUGUGGCUUUUGCAAGAAUCUUAUCUCAUCUCAGAAUUAUAAUUGAAAUUACAUAACAUUCCUUCAGAUUUUAUCAUGAAAUUUGCUAUGUGGUGCAUCCUCAACAACUGUAAUAUGAAGAACAAAACAUUGUAUGCAUCAGAGCACAAUGAAAUAUAAUUGUUCUCUCAAUGCACCAUUCUGCACUGGUGCUUGUUGCUGUUAUUGCUGUAUAUUUAUUUAUGAUUUAAUGUCUGGUUUUCACUUUACCCAGGAUAUAUAAGACAACCCCAAGGUUUGGGUGAUUCUUGUAUUACUAAAACAUGUAUCUUAUAACCCAACAUAAUGGUACAUUUAACUCAGAAAGUGACCAUUAAUGUAUCUACUGUAUUUGUUGACAUAUAACUAGCAUUUUCCCCUUCCCUCCUUGAAAAUAUGCCCUUGAAAUUACCCUGUGAGAUUUAUUCUAAUGGUAAACGUGAUUUUUUGGGAGGGAAGGUCUGUUGUGAUUGCUGUUGUAACAAAUUUUUCCUCCCUCAACUUGAGAAAAGCAAUUUUAUGAUAUUACAAUAUGAUUAUACUGUAUAAUGUCUUGACAUUUUUUCCUCAUACCAUAUAAUAAACAAAAAUUCAAGUUUAACCUGCAGUACUCAAACUUGAAUUAAAGUUUCAAGAGUGGUAUCUAGAAUAGAAACCAUUUGAUGAGAGUUGUACUGUAUGUUUUGUGUUCACUGUACCACACACCAAACCAUUCUAAGUUAGCAGAUAUGUUUUCAGUGUUACAUCUAAAUAUUCAAACUAUAAAUUUUCUCUUCUACACUCACAAAAAAAAAAAGGUAUUGUAAACCACAGUAGAAAGGAACAUUAAAAUAUAUUAUUGAUUGUGAUCUAUCUCCAGAUAAAAGCUGAGUGUCAUACUUUAUCACAAGAAGUCACUGAUGCCAAGCUUAGGAAACUCUUCACAUGACUAAAUUCACUCUCUGUCAGACCUCAGUAGAAAAAAAAAAAAAAACUAUAUAUAUAUAUAUAUAUAUAUAUAUAUAUAUAUAUAUAUAUAUAUAUAUAUAUAUAUAUAUAUAUAUAUAUAUAUAUAUAUAUAUAUAUAUAUAUAUAUACACACACAAAAUCACUUUGGUAGGUUAAAUGUUGGUCACCUAAACUUCCUGCCUCUGUGCUUAUGACCCUUACUUUUUAUAUGUAAUUUCAUUCUGAAAUAUGCUACAAAACUGUAUAAUUGAGGUAUGACAUUAUAGAGGACAAGAUAUACUAUAUUUAAUUUUAACAGCAUUCUAUAUUAUUUUUUACCCCUCCCUUUUAAAAACUACAAAUUAUUUUCUUCCUGAAAUUUGCCAUAAAAAUUUUACUGCAUAUUAUUUGACAAUAAGUGUUAUAUGCCAGUUAAUACAGUACUUAUUAAUUUUAUUUAUUUAAUGGUUUGUGAAAAUAUUGUUUGUGAGAACUUGUAGCUUUGAAAAUGAGUGGCAAGCGGCAGGUGGGAGGGGGCAAGAGAACAAUUAUUUUAUCCAGUGGCUUGUUUUCCUGGUGGUGUGUGAUUGGUGGCAGCUUGACUGAUUAAAAGCAUUCCACUCCUUAGUUUCUCUCAUCAUAUAUAUUUUGUAGUCAUCAUAGAGGACAGACAGUCUUGUAGAGCAUUAGUCUGUUUAGGUGCAAUACAUGGAAGUAGGUUUUAUAACAGCAUCUCCUACACUUCAUGUCUGUUGUUGGGCUGCUACUCAGUGCACAGUUUGUUUGUCAGUAUUUAAUUGAACCAAAAGAUUGUUAUCCCAUCUCCACCUGGUGUUUAGCUUUGUUGUUAGGGCAGGUCUGUUUCUGGUCCAGGUGAAGUGUUUGUGGGAUGUGAUGGAAGACUUCAAGCAAUGCAGAGAAAGUGGGUUCCAGUAAUCUAGUGUGAAUCACAUCCGACUUUGGUCAUAAUUCUCAAACGUCUUCCUUUAUGGCUGUAAAAUCACCCUCCUCCUGCUCCUCCAACUUCAGAGUUCCUUGUGUUGGAGAAAACUAUUCAGAAUCCAUCAGUGCAGCUUAUUCAGUGAAGCUUCAUUGAAGUUAAUUUUAUCCUCACAUGUACUCUAUUCAAAACAUUUCUCUGGUCAUUGUCACGAAACUGAAGCUGACUUGCUAUCCUGGGCUUGAUGCGACGCUAUGAUCUUACUGACUUGCUUGUCAUAUUUCCCAAAACAAGGAAUAAUCUUAGUUUGUAGCCAUGUAGGAUAAGAUGGUCUUGCAUACAAUAGCCAGACACCCUUAAUUAGAGGAUUAUACAGAGUUAAAGCCUGAUGUUUCAGCCGACAUAACUGCUUCUGGCUGGGUAACAAUUCACCAGGUCUAUACAUAUAUAUUUUUUUUAUUUACUUUUUUCCCACUUAUGAGUGAUAGAUGGAGAUGUUGUCUGUGUAUGUGUCAAGUUUGUCCCAUUACAUUGUCCAGAAAUCUUGUUUGUCUUGUGAUGAUGCCACUUGUUUGUAACAUGAUAGAGUCAAUCUGAAGUAAACAGAAAUGUGGAUA